AUAUUUUCAAAUCAUUUCAGUUGUUGGGUGUUUAACGAAAGCGUAACAUACGCUGAGAAAUAAUAUUAAAACGAAAUUUAUUCUAAAUUAAGAUAAAUUUCGUUAGAUAUUCAGAAAAAAAAUUACAUUUUAAUUGUAACAUUUGCUAUAAAACUAGCCCAACAAGAUGUUGUUCACUUCUUUAAUAGAGGCUGCUCAGAACUCACCGUUCAAAAAACCCUUUACCACAGCCAGCUGUGAACCAGCUUUGGAAAAUGGUCAAUUGACAAAGCACCAUGAUAUCCAAGCUGCUGCAGCUGCUUCAGGAGAUUCCUGUGAAUUUGGUUCAACUAUGUAUUUCGCUUUAUGUGGUUUGGGUGGCAUCAUUUCUUGUGGUAGUACCCAUACCAUGGUCGUGCCAUUGGAUUUAGUGAAGUGUCGUCUCCAAGUCGAUCCUGCCAAAUACAAGAGUGUUUUCACUGGCUUCCGUAUUACCUUGAAAGAAGAUGGUGUUACGGGUCUGUCGAGGGGUUGGGCACCCACCUUCUUCGGCUAUUCCAUGCAAGGUUUAUGUAAAUUCGGUCUUUAUGAAGUAUUCAAAGUUAUAUAUUCGGAUGCUAUUGGUGAAGAGAAUUCCUAUCUAUACAGAACCGGUUUAUACUUGGCAGCCUCAGCUUCGGCUGAAUUCUUUGCUGAUAUCGCUUUGGCUCCUAUGGAGGCAGCUAAGGUAAAGAUUCAAACUACACCCGGUUUCGCUAAUACCUUGAGAGAAGCUUUGCCCAAGAUGUCGGCACAAGAAGGUCUUGGCGCCUUCUAUAAGGGUUUGGUGCCCUUGUGGAUGCGUCAAAUUCCCUAUACCAUGAUGAAGUUUGCUUGCUUUGAAAGAACUUUGGAAUUGUUAUACCAGUAUGUUGUACCUAAGCCUCGCCAAGAAUGCACUAAAGGUGAACAGUUGAUGACUACCUUUGCUGCUGGUUAUAUUGCUGGUGUUUUCUGUGCUAUUGUUUCACAUCCAGCCGAUACUGUUGUAUCUAAAUUGAAUCAAGCUAAGGGUGCUUCAGCCUUUGAUGUCGCCAAACAACUGGGUUGGGCUGGCUUGUGGGGCGGUCUAGUGCCCAGAAUUGUUAUGAUUGGUACCUUGACUGCCGCCCAAUGGUUCAUCUAUGAUGCUGUCAAAGUAUACUUGCGCAUGCCCAGACCACCACCACCAGAAAUGCCCGAAUCAUUGAAAAAGAAGUUGGGCCUUACCGGCGAUGCCAAGUAAUUUGUGUGUAACAUUUCUAGCGCAUCAAAAUUAGAGUAAUUUCAUAGUUGUAUUUUAAAAAUGAAUUGGAAAUAUUGUAUGAAUGUUUACGACGAAUCAACUACAAACGAAUCAAAGCAAAGGCAAUCAGUCCAAUUAUGAAUAAAAAAUCCGCGGUAGGUUUUUCCCUUUCCCCAUUUUCAACAUUGAAUUUGUAUAGAAAAAAUGGGAAAAGAGCAAAAAAAAAAUGUCCGAGGAUUUUUUAUACAUAAUUGGGCUAAAUAAUAAAGAUAAACAAAAAUUUAUAAAUUAAA